CUUCAGUCCUCACUCCGGUACUGCACUCCAACACAGACACAACACCCCUUGAGAAAAUAACUUCUUACACACACCCAGUGUGAUAAAGCCCCUGGAAGCCAACAGAUUGAUGGUGUUCUUGUUUCUCAGAUACCAUGGGGUAGUUUUCAGAUUUCUGCCUUCAAGUCUGACACAAGACCUACUGAGGCUAAGUAUGAGAGAAAUGGUAUGGGAGAAACGGCCAAGAAGGCCAAAUCAGUAAUGUCAGGUAUACAAGAGGCCUUGCCUUCAUCAGGCAGAAACUAUGACCAUAACUCACAGUAGAAAUAACUUUCAUGUCUAUACAGUAGUAAACAUGGAGGUGUAUAUUCAUAACGAAAUUCUGAAAAGUGAUACUAUUCGACAGGAAAAGAUAGUGUUAGGUCACGUAAAAACAGCCAAAGCAAAAAUCCUAUUCCAAAGUAUAAGUGACCUUUUGUAUUCCCUAGAGAGACUCUAACAACAGUGAGUAUGAGAAUCGAAGUUGGUUCCUAAGUGUGCCAACAGGCCUGUUGAGCAUGCAAAUGCUCUAUUGUUUGAGGGCCACAAUACCCCAACCCAGAUCAGUAGAGGCUUUUAGCUUAAGGAGUAAGUGAAAUUCUGAGGGAAAUACAAGCGACCAUGUCAGAAUCUAGCCAUGCUGUACCACUUGUACUAAAUAAUUUCUGUUCCACUGUUAACACUUACAGCAUGCAAUAUUAAAUGACUAUAUCAACCUACCCUUUUCUCCUACCAAGACAUCCAAAAAUUUCUGGAUUAUUAUUUUUCAGUUAGUAUUGUGAUAAAACACUAUUAUAUAAAAUAAGACAGAGAAGGAGAAAUCAUUUUAAUUAGCUUUCUCUUAAAAUUCUCAAAGAGUAGAAUAACCAAAUUCUCUGUUUUCCAACCUUUCCCCCCUUUAUUCUUGGUUUAUAACACUAAACUCUUAAUGGCGAAGAAGCAAAGCCCACUGAGCUAGUUUACCAACACAUCUGAAGCAAAUCAUAGUCAUAACUUCUAUUUUAACCAAGCAUGACAACCAGGUGAUUGAGUAGCUUUCCAAACUACCAGAGCAGCAGGCACUCGCAUAGGCUGCUGUUAAAUCAGCACUUCAUAAAUCGUGCAGGCUCCUGCCCAUUUAGAUGAUCUCUCUGUGCAGAAUCGGCAGUCUAACGCUGGCUCUUCCAAGCAUUAAAAAAUCGUCACUCUGCUAACCCAACUCACUGUUCAGACGGAUCUUCUUGAAUGCAGCCUUUAUUACAACCUCAGUGCUGCUUCCUACACUGAAGGAAUACCAUGUUUUCAGGUCAGGAGUUCUUCUUUCUCGCUUUAUUAUAAUCGGGGGUCUUACAACGACCCCGAUAUUGUUACAAAGCACGCUGCUUUAUAACAGUAAAGCUUCUGGAAAACCCAAACAAAAGACACGUCACCCGGUGACGUCAGCCUAUAUACAGUUCUGUGUGGUCGCAGCACAUAAGCAAAUCCAUUCUUGUGCCGUUUCUCGGAAAAGCUUUUCAGUAAAUGCACUCAUGCUGCUCCAGGAGCUCUUCUCUGCAACAAGCCGCCCAUCUGCCAUCAACAAGUUAAGACCGAGAGAGCUAACGGCUGCGGAAAGGAGAGGCUGAAGCUUUGAUUAACCAGCUGAGCAGUUAGAGGAGGACGAAAUUAAUAACAUAUUCAAAACUGAUUUAGGGGAUCAGAGUGGUCAAAGAAAAUGAAACCAAUGCUUUCGAGAGGAAUAUCCUAAGGAAAAAACAACUUGCCCUGGUGGAUUUCAAUUUUACUCAGAAAGCCUGGGACACAGAAAACAGGAAACUGGUCAAAGGCUCCUGCAUGUUAGAGCCUUUUACAGACUCACUGCGUUGAGUCUGACAACCGAGACUGAAUGCAGCCUCCAAUGUGCUCAGAAGAAUGGGCUUACAUUUCAAGUGGCCAUUAGGGGCCCCUAUGCUAGCAGCAAUAUAUGCAAUGAGUAUGGUUUUAAAAAUGCUGCCUGCGCUGGGUAUGGCGUGUCCACCCAAAUGCCGCUGUGAGAAGCUGCUCUUCUACUGCGACUCUCAGGGCUUCCACUCAGUGCCAAACACCACGGACAAGGGCUCUCUGGGCCUGUCCCUGAGGCACAAUCACAUCACAGAGCUCGAAAGGGAUCAAUUUGCCAGCUUCAGUCAACUCACCUGGCUCCACUUAGACCACAAUCAAAUAUCAACAGUAAAAGAAGAUGCUUUUCAAGGACUAUAUAAACUUAAGGAAUUAAUCUUGAGUUCCAACAAAAUAUUUUAUUUGCCAAACACAACUUUUACCCAACUGAUUAACCUGCAAAAUUUGGACCUGUCUUUUAAUCAGCUGUCAUCUCUGCACCCAGAGCUCUUCUAUGGCCUCCGGAAGCUGCAGACCUUGCAUUUACGGUCCAACUCCCUGCGGACUAUCCCAGUACGCCUGUUCUGGGACUGUCGUAGUCUGGAGUUUCUGGAUUUGAGCACAAACCGUUUGCGAAGUUUGGCUCGCAAUGGAUUUGCGGGAUUAAUCAAACUGAGAGAGCUUCAUCUAGAGCACAACCAGCUGACGAAGAUUAAUUUUGCUCAUUUCCUACGGCUAAGCAGUCUGCACACACUCUUCUUACAGUGGAACAAAAUUAGCAACUUGACAUGUGGGAUGGAGUGGACCUGGGGCACUUUAGAAAAACUAGACUUGACUGGAAAUGAAAUAAAAGCCAUCGAUCUGACAGUAUUUGAAACGAUGCCUAAUCUUAAAAUACUCCUCAUGGAUAACAACAAGUUAAACAGCCUUGAUUCCAAGAUCUUAAACUCCCUGAGGUCCCUCACAACUGUUGGCCUCUCUGGCAAUCUGUGGGAAUGCAGCCCUCGAAUAUGUGCUUUGGCCUCCUGGCUGGGCAGUUUCCAAGGUCGGUGGGAGCAUUCCAUCCUAUGCCACAGCCCCGACCACACCCAGGGAGAGGAUAUACUAGAUGCAGUCCACGGAUUUCAGCUCUGCUGGAAUUUAUCAACCACCGUCACUGCCAUGGCUACAACUUAUAAAGAUCCAACCACUGAAUACACAAAAAGAAUAAGCUCAUCAAGUUACCAUGUGGGAGACAAAGAAAUCCCAACUACUGCAGGCAUAGCAGUUACUACUGAAGAACACUUCCCGGAACCAGACAAUGCCAUCUUCACUCAGCGGGUAAUUACAGGAACAAUGGCUUUAUUGUUUUCUUUCUUUUUUAUUAUUUUUAUAGUGUUCAUCUCCAGGAAGUGCUGCCCUCCCACUUUAAGAAGAAUUAGGCAGUGCUCAAUGAUUCAGAACCACAGGCAGCUCCGAUCCCAAACACGACUCCAUAUGUCAAACAUGUCAGACCAAGGACCAUAUAAUGAAUAUGAACCUACCCAUGAAGGACCCUUCAUCAUCAUUAAUGGUUAUGGACAGUGCAAGUGUCAGCAGCUGCCAUACAAAGAAUGUGAAGUAUAAUAUCUACCCAUCAUCAAAAAUUAUAUCAGAUAAGUAACCUAUUUUACAUAGUAGGGGCUAAAUACAUAUCUAAUUUUUACCAAUGGUGACAUUAAGCCUAAUUUUUCCAAACCAAGUGGAGACUUAGGUUUCUGACGUGUUGAAGUAUUUUUAAUUUUUUUUAAAUGAAACCAUAUUUUAAGUGUUAAAUGAAGCAAUGCUCACAUUAAUUUGCACUCUUGUGGGAAAGUCUAAAAAUGCUUACUUCAAAAUAAGACAUUUCAUGUAUGUAAUUAUAAACUAUUGUGUGUAAACAUGUACACUAAGGUCUCCAUAUGCUGUUUUUUCCUACUGAAAACAGUUUGGAAAGAUGCUACUGAGCAGAAAGAGAUAUGGAUCAAUACUUGUUUGAUCAUUGCUCUCCACCCCAAGUACCACAACUGGCCUGCUGCUUAAAAGGAGACUUAGCAAAAUUCUCUUGUAUGAUAAUUUGGUAUUUACUCAAACUUACAAUUUAAUGCCAGUGUGGGGAGUAGAAUUUUAUGUAUGCUGAAGACUGGUCAAUAUUAAACACUCUUCUUCCAGAGUUUUUGCCUGGGUUAGUAGGUAUUAUCAAAGUCCACAUCAUGAAAUCAGAACCCUUUAUGUAAUUCUAAUAUGCUGAGUGACUCUUUAAUGUAUUUAAACAAUCCAAGUGAUUGUGAAAAGGUCUCAUUACAAUGAAAUCAAUACUAAAUAAUGACACUGAUUUCGCAUCAUAUCUCCAGUUUGACUUAUAAUGGACAUGUUGAUUUUUGUGGCAUUUAGAUAAUUAUUUUAAACUAGUGUUAAAUUAUCACUUUACUAAUUAGUUUACUAAAUCCUAUACUUACAUUUAUAUGUGAAAAAAGAUUUAGAAAUUAUUUUGGAGAGAAAAGAGAUAAACUGAGUCAAUUUAGCAAUCUUAUGACCAGCUGCUCACUCUAGUUUGAAAGCACACACACAAAUACACCCUCAUUCUCUCUCUCUCUCUCCCCCCCCCUCCCCCUCUCUCCCUCCUCCUCCCCUCAACUGUCAUGAUCAAAGAUGCCUUGACAAAGGGGUUUAAACCUCUUUCUUCGGCCUUUUCUUGAUCUUCAAGCCUCAAAAAAGCCAAAUUAAAAAUAACUGGCUAGCAACAGGCAUAACACUGAUUCUUAUUAGAAUACCUUUUAAAAGAACCAUUUUAAAAAAGCACUUUCUAAGUAUUAUAUGCCAAAUUUUGACCUUUUAAUGGAUAUCAAUUCUUAAUGUUUAAGAGCAGGUCCUUCUAAGUAAAGGGAACAACACAGAUCUGAAGCAAACCUUCUCAUGGCAGAACACUCUACAUGCCUAUGAAGCCACACAGUGGUAACUUGAAGGAGGUGAGGGGAUGAGAAAAAGGCAGCAUUUUGAAAUCUGACUCUCCCUGAAACAGGUUAGCAAAGUUAAAAGGAAGAAAAGCAAAUGGGCAACUAUACAUGAUCUGAAUCAAACAGAGCAAAGGCCCUGGGACCUGCAGCUGGAAAGGGGUGAGGGGGGAAGAUUCUCUUAUUAAUAUAAAUGUUGAGUAAUUUAAAAGUGAUAAUGAUGUCACAUUUCUCGUGUAGAAAAGAGCCACAAGUAUUUUGUUUAUUUAAUUAUGGUUUCCCCGGAAAGACUAUGACACAUUUAGGAUUUAGAUGUAAGUUACCAAUUCACACAGAAUUCUUCCAUAAAUGAGGUUCUAGGUAUGUACUAGCAAAAACCAUGAAAUUAGACUACUGACUUGACUUUCAGAAGAUGAAAACUGACAUUUGCUGAUGAAGAAAAAAAGGCAUACAUUCUUAAGAGAAAAUCAUUACCAUAAAAAAAAGUUAUCCUUUACUUCAUUCAAGGCAUAUUUCCCAGGAUGGAACUGAAACAUGUUAAGACUAUAGUUUAACCCAUGAGAUUUAAUACUGAGAGAUGUCUACCUACAUUUCAAAGAAAAUGUAUCUCAGUAAAAAGCAGACAAGAUCACAAUUAUAGUAAAAAUGUGCUCUCUACAAUUUCUAAGUGGGCAGAUUCAUCUGGUCAAGUCUCAGUCCACCUCAGCAGAUCUUGAGCAGUGAGAAUUUCAUCUCUUAAUAAAACUAGACCCUAGGCCUGCCUGGGUAAGGACAGAAGUUGAUUUCCUGGCAUAGAGCACAGCUCACACUUUCCUUACAGAAGGACUGGAUCAGAAGCCCCUGUUACAAAUGAGAGCGCCACAAGCUAAAAUUUACCAACCCAUUUAUCAGGAUAAUCAUGGCCAUUUGUCAGGGAACAGCUUUGUCACAAUACAACUGUGUCUUAAACAUACAAGAUUCCACUAGCUCUGGAGGAUAGCAGAGCAAUUUCCAUCAUUUCAAUCACAACCCAAAAUUAAUUGAAACUGUGAGCAGAAGGGCGAGAAAUAUUGGCUGGAAAUCCCUACAUUAAUCCUAAAGAUUACAGUUAGUAAAGUGGACCAUCAGUUGGCAAAAUCCUUAAUGUACAUAGGAAAGUAAGUUGGAAAAUCAAACCAUUUAGUAAUUCAGGGGAACAGCAUAGCCAAGGCCACCAAGGCAUACUUUUCAGUUGAAAAAUAACAGAUUUUUUUGGCCCUUCAUUUUUUGGGCAAUGCUGUCUGAGAAAAGUGAAUAACAGUGCCAAAUAGCGCUUUCCUUUUCUAGUUAAAGAGCAAACUUCACUUUUCAAAUGCCUAUAGGAGGCAAGAUUCCUUUUAAUUUUGGUCUAUUUGUGUUUCUGUAUGAGUACAGGUUUGAAGAUGAGACUGUUAGUCAGUCAUAUGUGCUCUCUUUACCAACUGGUUCAGGUGAAGAGCAUCACAACCACACUGCAGAUGCUGGCAAUAUAAUGUUAUUAGGCCUUUUGUUUUUACUGUCUUAUUCUCUUCAACUCCCCCAUCCCCCCUUUUUCAUUUUCAAGAUUAGAAGAAAAUGACCACUUGAAAACCAGAAAAAUAAAUCUCUCUGUAAAAAGGAAGCUAAUGAAGGCUCUGAUACUGUACCCACCUAGUAACCAAGAGCUAGUAUAGAAUUAUUUAUAUUUAUUUCUGUAGCUUGCCAGGAUUUCAAUCACCUUUAUGAAAUUAGAGUUAAUAAAUUUACAAAUGCAUACAACUCAGAGAAUACCCACUGCCAACAACAAACAGCAAAGAUACUAAUUUUUAAGCCAAAAAUCUGCACUAACACAUGUAAUUUCUUAAUGUGGCUACGUUAAUUUCUAUACCAAUUCAAUGAAUGGAACUGACUGAACUUCCCAACUCCACUAAUUAUUAAAAUUCAUCUGCUUACUCUAAUGCUAGUCACCAAGAUCUAGACUCUUUCCAAUAAAAAUGAGCCCUACCUAUGUAGCACUAGGUCUUAAUCCUAAAUUCAAAACAGGCAUACCAUUUUCUUUAGGCAUACCUCCUCCACACAACGAUGGGGGGGUGGAGACUAUAAAUGCCCUGAUCUCUCUAAAGUAUGGAUAUCAAUAUGAAAUUUUGAAAUAUUAUUUUUACAUGAUCAUUUUCCUAAUAAAGCAAUACAGUGACAGAUCUGACUCAAAAAUCUGUUUGGGGACAUGCUUUUCAUACCUUACAGGUUAAACUGCUUCAACUAGAAAAAGAUAAAAGAGAUGAAGAUAGAUAAUUAAAUAUUUCUGUUCCUAACCUAGGGCAAACACGUAGUACUUAAUUUAAGGUCAAAACAAAUAGUAAAUGGCUAUUUAAGCUUUCAUAUUGCUAUUGCAAACAUUUUGGAAAUGUCUGCUACUACUGCAAUUAACCUGUUCCUCCUUGGUAAUUUUUAAAAGCCUAAUCUAUGGAAUGUUUGAUGAACCUUCCGACCAACACUGAAACUGGAAACUAAAAGUACAGUCCAAACAUAUUGUGUUCAAUCACCCUAAGAGCCAUUUUUUUG